GGUCCUGAGCAGCACAGCCUGUGCGCACCCACGUUGAUCCGGCCAUGGAGGCAGGUUCCGACGCCAAGGGGGGCGACAGCUCCGCAGGCCGGGAGGACCCCCAAGCCUCCGAGGACCAGCGCAGCACCGCGCAGCCAUCACUCCCGCAGCUCCCACGCCGCCCGCAGCUGCUGGAAGAAGAAGACGCGGGGCGAGAGGAGGAUCGGACCGAGGCCGCAGAAGGCAGCGAGCCGGCCCUGGGGGACCCAGAACCCGCGUCUGUGUCCGGCGAGGCGGGGCCCGGGCCUAAGGCCACUGGCGGUCCUGUGCCGCCCAUAGGCUUCGUGGGCGAGCCUCCACCCUACGCGCCGCCGGACCCCAAGGCAGUGGCGCUGCUCUACCCGCCCUUCCCGCAGGUGCCUGUGCUGUUCCAGCCGGCGCCGGGGCCCGCCGCCCUCUACCCGCCACCCACCGGCCCGCUCUUCCCACCCCCUGGUGGAGCCUCUUUCCCGUUCCCCACGUAUGGCAGCCCCGUGGCUGGCGGGCCUGCUCCCAUGCAAGUGGAGCACAGGCCUCUGCCCAAGGACUUCAUGAUGGAGUCGGUGCUGGUGACCCUGUUCUGUUGCCUGCUCACGGGGAUGAUUGCCAUUGUCUACUCCCAUGAGACUCGAGCAGCCCUGGGCCGGGGUGACCUGGCCCAGGCAGAGGAAGCCUCAAGGAAGGCCCGCUCACUUGUACUCUUCAGCCUGCUCUUCGGGGUCUUCGUGUCUACCAGCUGGGUCAUCUAUGUGGUGGUGGCUCUCUACCUUCCCUGAAGCCCAGGACUUGCAGGCUAGGCUGUGCCCUUUCUGUGGACCCUGGUCCCCAUUGAAGUAGACAGCUGUUGCUCACACAGGGCAAAGGGGAGGUGGGUUCAGAAGCCCUGUCCAUGAGGCCUUGGGUAGGAUCCUGAGGGACACGGGCCCACGCGGCCUGGAAGUCUUCCUGGGAUGUCAGCCUUCACCGUUACUCUUGGAGAACUCAGAAAACUGAAGCCCUCACUGUCUUCAGAGUCUGUGGAAGGACAUGGCUACCUCCAGUCCAGCUCAGGAUCUGGCUACAGUCAGUGUGCACUCUCCCUGGGAAUUCCUGCUUGGUCUUACACCCUUGCCCAUGUUGGGAGAGGCCAGGACCACUAUGUCGGUCAACAAAAAGUGGUAGAGCUGCCUGCCACUACCUUCCGUCUUCCAUCUGUGUGCAGUUGAGUCCCAGGUCUCUCGCCUGCCCUCCUCCGAGCAGUCUAAUGCCUGAGCACUUGGCCUUUGGUACAUACAUAGGAUGCCUCAUUUCCCAAGAUCCACUUUUUUUUUUUUUUUUUACAAACAUCUCUCUCUUCUCUUUACUGUUCUAUUGGACACCUGUCUGAGACUUUUGGCUUCUGUCUCUCCCUAGCUCCCUGCUCAUUCUGUCCUUAUAGUCAGGGCUGCAAACAGGUGAGCCAAGAAGUUGCAGUUGUGCUGCCUGAGUGCCUGCUCAGUGGCCUGUGCCCCAUUCCCAGCAUCACGCAGAUGGGGUGUGGCAGUGCAUACCUGUAUUCCCAAACCUUGAGCCGAAGGAACAGAAGUUCAAGGUCACCCUUGGCUACACUGAAGCUGAAGGCAAGUCUGGUCUAUAUGAGACUGUCUCAAAAACAAACAAGAAGAUUAGCUGGGUCCCCAGUUAGAAAAGACUGUUGUGACUGGGGAGUGCUCUCAGGCCAGGCCACCCCAGACAGUAUGAGACACCUAAGAGAACAAAUCACAGCUGUUCUCAUAUGUGCUGGGGUCAAGUCCAUCUGGCUGUGAGACAGACUGCUGUCACAGGGGUCCCAUCUGUGAGAAGGACACCUGGGAGGAUUAUAAAGCAGCCAGCUCCCAUGCAGACUGGCCUUGCCUUCAGGUCCUGCUGCCUGCAGCCACAGUCCCUGGGGCCCUAGAGAUAUCUCUAGAGUCUCGUUUAGGGACAGAGAUGGAAUAAGAAAGUCAGCAGGACACAGGGCUGCUCUGGGACUUGACCUUUAAAAAGCGUGACAGCCAUAAAGAGGAGGAAAAGAUUUGGGGGCCUGGUAGAUGCCUCAAAAGUACCUCAUAGCACCCAUCAGGCAACUACACUGUUCUCACACAUCUUCUAAAUAAAUCACUGUGAGCAGGGCAGUCAUGGUAUACACCUUUAAUCCCAGCACUCAGGGAGGCAGAGGCAAGCAGACCUCUGUGAGUUCGAGCCCAGCCAGGU